GUCAAAAGUCAAGUUCAUGUCACAUUUGUCAAAAUAAAUUGUAAUGUAAAUUGUAUUCACUAAAAUGGCUGAGAAAAAAAGAGGCAAGAAAAGAAAAGACGAUUACGGCCGUGAGGUAAUCGACGAUAAACCAACCAAAGAGGAAUACACCGUGGGCAAAUGGAUGAGGAAUAACAUCCAAAUCAAAAAAACCAAGUUCGCAAAUCACAAUGUGGAAUAUUUCACCGGCGCUAGGGCGGUGGACGCCCUGCUGGAGUCGCCCUUCGCCACCAGGGAGACCCCGUUGUUCAAGACGCGCGAGGAGAUCAGCGACUAUCUGCACGUCAUGCUGACGCACCGGUUCUUCCACAGGGCCCGCAAGGUGCCCGUCGACGAGCACGAAUUGAAGGGCAAAAAGGGCAAGAAGAAGGACGACAAGAAGAAGCCGGAUUCGGGCGACGACGAGAAGAAGGAGAAGAAGGAAAAGGACCGCGGCACCGACGCCGAGAGCAGCGUCGUCGAGGGUUCCAAGGAGCAGAAGCAGGAGAAGGAGAAACGCAAGAAGAAGAUCAGAUUGGAAAUGCAUUUCGAUCAGAGAUUCGAGGAUAGUUUGGACGCUUACGUUUGGAUAUACGAUCCGAUUCCGUUCCAUUAUUGGAUAAUCGGUACUCUGCUGGUUUUGGGUGCUAUCGGAGUGUGUCUGUUUCCUCUGUGGCCUCCGUCUGUCAGAUUGGGAGUGUAUUAUUUGAGCGUCGCUGCGGCUGGUUUCUUGGUAUCGAUAAUCGUGUUGGCUGUUAUUCGAGUAAUCGUGUUCUGCUUGAUCUGGGUGUUCACGUUGGGAAGACAUCACUUGUGGAUAUUGCCGAAUUUGACGGAAGACGUGGGAUUCUUCGCGUCAUUUUGGCCUCUAUAUACUUACGAAUACAAAGGAAACAAGCACGACAAAAAAUCGAAGAAGAAGAAAAAGGAUAAGGAUUCCGAUGCGGAAGAUGAUAAGAGAGAUGAUGAUGGUAACGAGAAGGAGCCGUUGGUUUCGAAUUCUGGUGUAGCUGAAGUGUCAGAGGCUGACAAUACUGCUGAUGAACAACAUGCUGGUAAUCAAAAUGAUUCGGAAAGCGAAAGCGAAUCCAGCCAGAGAUCCAGUACAGGUAAAGAUUUUGAAAUAGUAGAUCAAGAGGAUAUCGAAUCCUAAUCGAUAGGACUAAUUAAUUAUAUUUUAAAAUUUAAUCUUCGUGCACAUUGUGGUAGAUCGUGAAAACAAAAAAUAUGUUUCUUAGUACGUUUUCGCAAUUUUGAUUUUUUGUGCUUUUUGUAUUAAAGGGUUAGAGAUUUCAAUAUAUUUUUCAAAUAGGGUUUUUUUGGAAUAAAACUGCAAAAAUUUAAAAUAAUGAAAACGACUAUUUAUUUUUGUGAUACGACGGAAUUUACUCAGUUUACUCGAUUUGCAUUGUAGAUUAAAAUAUAGAUAAUUACAGUGAAAUUUUAGUUUUUAAAAGCAAUUUGGGAAUGUAUUACUUAAUUUUUCGUAUAUUUUUAAGUGUCAAAUUUGCGGGAAAUUUCUUUAUGUUUUGGCUAAUAUAUUUGAGAUUUUAGGAAAAGUGUAGUUUUAAAGCGAUUUUAUUUGGAUUUAAUUUCUAAAUAGGUGUAGUCAGAGUUAUUACUAUUAUAACGAUAUCAUAUUGUUUCAUUUUACUUUUUGUAUUUUCCUUACUUUUGUACCAGUCUCGAGUAAAACAUGUUUUAAAUUCAAUGAAGCUUCCUAUAAAUUACAAAAAAAAAUUAAAUUAGGCAAACAUUUGCAAAAAGUACAAUGAAUGUUUUAUCUGUAGAUCUGGCCAAAGUGUGUUGACCCUGACAAGUAAUUUUAAAUACAAGAGUAUUCUAAUUUGUAUUUUUAGUAGUACGUAGAUUGAAGUGAUUUUAGUUUAUACGGAUCAAGAUAUAUCAAUCGGUAUUUUGAAAUAUUAUUUUCCGGCUAAUUUUAAACUCAUUUAAGAGUUAUUUUUAACUAGAAACAUAGAAUUAUUAUUCAAAAUAUCUUAAUGUCUUGUUUGUUUGGUUUAGUCCGAUUAAUAAUAUACAUAUAGGUGGUGCUAUUUAUUUUCAAAGUACGUAUGAAUAAUUAUAGCAAUUGCAUUUAAUAUUAUGGUGUACACUUAAUAAUUACAAAUAUACUGUAAAUAUAAUUAUUUCAAUUUGUCCAUCACUUGUCUGAGCAUUUGAUUGCAGAGUGCCGCAUACGGAUUUAGUAAUACAAGCUGAAAAUUGUAAUCAUUGUUAAAACUUAAUUAUUGAUGCCCAGAGUGGUUUUACCUGGUUUUUGGCUAAUUUGUUACCCAGUUUUGCAGAUAUUUCGAAAUCUUUUCUUGCCAAUUCGGUCCUUUCGAAUUUCCUGUGCAGUAUCCCUCUUUGACAGUGUGCUAGACUUAGCGUUUUUUUAUGACCAUCACUAGAUAGGUUGAUAGCUUUAGAUGCAUCUUCGAAAGCUUCUAAACUUGAUUAAUAAGUAUCAGUACACUACCGCAUAAUACACCAUUGUUUACCUUCGAAUUUACGUAAAUAUUGGUAAAUAUGAGCUCGGUUGUUGUAUAAAGAUGGUCUUUGAGGUGCGAUUUGAAUGGCUUUGUUUAUAACAUCUAAUGCUUCAGUUAAUUUACCAUUUUCGGCCAAUUCCACCGCUUCUAUCUCCAUUUUCUUCGUAAUUUCAUGUUCUUCCUGCAGAACUUCA